CGGAUGCUUGCCAAAGCAAUUGAACCUCUUUUGCCCGUAGCUGCGCAGCAACUGUUUGUUGUACGUACAGCAGUACUUGCUGGGUGAGGGAGCAGGGGGAAGAGAGGGGCCUUUCUAUCUGAAUAUAUAAUUGCUGCUUCUCUGCCCCUCUUUGACCAGCCCCUCUUUCUUCUCAUCAGUCAGUCCCAGUAUCCAAAGACCGUUUUCUGUCAUCCUUCCAGAAAUCAUCCCCUCACAAACAGUCACCAUGGCUCCCAAGAUUGCUAUCGUCUUCGUAUGUACCUUCCCGACCGAUUGAUAUCUUUUCUCCACCAUACAAUGGGAGACAUUUUCAAUUCGUCCUGGUUGUUCCUCAGGACUCUGGAACAUUGUCACUGAUGGUUGAUCAUACAGUACUCGAUGUACGGCCACAUCCAACAGUUGGCCGAGGCCGAGAAGAAGGGUAUUGAGGCUGCUGGCGGUUCCGCCGACAUCUACCAGGUCGCUGAGACUCUUCCCGAAGAGGUCCUGGCUAAGAUGCACGCUCCUCCCAAGUCCAGCUACCCCGUUGUUGAGCCCAAGACUCUGCUCGAGUACGAUGCUGUUCUCUUCGGUAUCCCCACCCGUUACGGUAACUUCCCUGCCCAGUGGAAGGCUUUCUGGGACCAGACCGGUGGAAUCUGGGCCACCGGUGGCUACUGGGGCAAGUACGCCGGUCUCUUCAUCUCCACUGGUACCCAGGGUGGCGGUCAGGAGUCCACUGCUCUUGCUUCCAUGAGCACCUUCGCCCACCACGGUUUCGUCUACGUUCCUCUCGGCUACAAGACCGUCUUCGGCCAGCUGGCCAACCUCAACGAGGUUCACGGUGGCAGCCCCUGGGGUGCCGGUACUUUCGCUGGUGCCGACGGUUCCCGCCAGCCUUCCGCUCUCGAGCUCGAGAUCGCCGAGGCUCAGGGCAAGGCCUUCUACGAGCACGUCUCCAAGCACACCUUCGCUUGACUACAUGGUAGCGAGCAGACUCAGUCGGAGUCGCCUGCCGCGGCCCAGCCGCAGCAGAAGACCGAGACGGAGAAGCCCGCGCCGAAACCUGCACAAAACGGACAAAGCACCCAGGCAGCGACCCGGGAGGAGAAGAGCAAUGAGGGACCUUGUGGCCUGCCCAAGAAGUGUGUCAUCCAGUAGAAAACUGAAUUGCUUAAUAUCCUAUCCGGUUCUCUGCUCUGUAACUGGGCUUGCUUUUGUUUCUGUUUUCGGUUGGUAUGGCGUUGGGUGAUAGAGGGAGGGAAUUUCAAGUACAUAAUUCACGUGAUACACCAGACUUCAGUCUAAAAAGAGAAUGAAUGAUAAUCUA